AUUUGUUAUGUAGUGCUUUUGUUAGUGCGUUUGCAUUCGUCCCCAUUUAUACACUUGUUAUCUCUUUGGCAUAGCCGAAGCACCAACAUUCUAGCAAUCUUCAAUAAAAAACCAGUGACCAAAGCAUGGCGGUUGGAGGGCGUGUUACGGGUCGUCUUGGUUACGGGAACGGAUAUUCCGAUGGGCGUUCCUAUGCCGGAAUCAACGAGGAAAUCAUGUACGUAAGCAUAGGAAUGGGAAUUAUAAUUGCUAUUCUGAUUUGCAUUGCGCUAUGCUAUAUCGCCCGGGAAAACUGUAAAAACAAGCGAGAAUACUAUAUUACGGCCUAAAAUAUGAGAGUGAGUUUGCACCCGGCGAGGGAUUGACCGAAUGAUGUAUUGUUUAUAGUUAACUAUUAUCUAGCUAUUUUGGUAUUGUUUACUACUUUUAUGCUCGAUACACGGUAAACACGGUCCAGGUUCGCUGCAGACGAGCUAAAAACAAAAUAAGUAAUAAUAUGGUCCGGAACACUGUUCCUGUCUGAAGUAAACUCGUGUUAACGGAAAAGUCUGUUUAUUGCAAAACAAUAAGUACAUAGUAUGUAUAUGUUCGUUUUAUAUAUUAUACACAGUUCGUGAAAUGUAGCAGUCUAUUUUGAAAACUAUAAUGAUAUUGAUGUAUACAAAAAGCUAACUAGCUGAACGAAAUGGAACAACAAACUCGGAGUUGGAAAAAGCAAAGUUGCUGUUCGAACGACACAACUGCAGACAGGUUAAUAAAUGCACGACGUUAGUAGAACACUAUAUUAAUAAACUAAAAUGUUUACUAAGUAAA